ACGCAAGUAGAAGAGAGAGAAAGAGAGAGAGAUUUGUCCCUCGCUUCUUCCUCUUCUCCUCUUCUUACGUUUACAGUGGGAAGAAAGACACCAAUCGAGCGAGAUGGAGGCCUAUGAACUCAUUAAGGGAGAAGAAAACGCCGCCGCCGCAGCCGCCGCUUCUCAGGCGCUGGAGGACCUAGAGGCCGGUCGCGACGCCUCGCGGAAGAAGGAUAAACCUUCCGCAUCCGCCUUCGCCGCGAGGAACCGCCUCGUCUCGCUCGACGUAUUCCGGGGGCUCACCGUCGCGCUCAUGAUAUUUGUAGAUUAUUCUGGAGGAUUUCUUCCGGCCAUCGAUCAUUCUCCUUGGAAUGGCAUUGCACUUGCUGAUUUUGUCAUGCCAUUUUUCUUGUUUAUAGUGGGAGUUGCACUUUCCCUCGCAUAUAAGAGAGUCCCAAACAAAGUUGUCGCAACCAAGAAGGCGAUACUCAGAGCCUCAAAGAUGUUUUUUGUAGGUCUUUUUGUCCAAGGUGGAUAUUUUCAUGGUCUUCACAAUUUAACUUAUGGAGUGGACAUAUCAAAAAUCAGAUGGAUGGGAGUACUACAGAGAAUUGCAGUAGCCUAUUUGUUUGCUGCUAUGUGUGAAAUCUGGCUCAAAAGUGAUGAUAAUAUCAAUUCUGAAAGUUCAGUAUCUAGGCCUGGCAAACUUCAAUUGUUGCUGUGCUUGAUUCUUGCUUCCAUUUACACGGUUCUAUUAUAUGGAUUACAUGUUCCUGAUUGGCAAUAUGAGAUACCUUCUGAAGGUUCCACAACCAAAUCCUUCGUUGUGAAGUGUGGGGUGAGGGGUGACAUAGGGCCUGCAUGCAAUGCUGUGGGAAUGAUUGAUCGCAAAAUCCUCGGCAUCCAACAUCUGCAUCGUCGCCCUGUUUACGAAAGAACCAAGCAAUGCAGCAUUGAUUCACCAGCAAGUGGCCCCCUUCCUUUUGAUGCUCCUUCAUGGUGCCAAGCUCCUUUUGAUCCUGAAGGACUACUCAGCUCUGUCAUGGCAAUUGUUACUUGUUUGAUUGGGUUGCAAUUUGGGCACGUAAUUAUACAAAUGAAGCAUCACUAUGAUAGAAUCAUCCAUUGGGUUAUUCCUUCAUUGUUUCUGAUUGCAUUGGCCUGUAUCAUGGAAGCCACUGGAAUGCAAAUCAACAAGUCUCUAUACACAGUAAGUUACACUUGCAUCACUGCUGGGGCUGCAGGCAUGCUGUUCACUGCAACAUAUGUGUUGGUUGAUGUGUUUGGCUACAGGAGGCCAACCCUCGCUAUGGAAUGGCUGGGGAAGCAUGCACUCAUGGUGUAUAUUCUCAUAGGCUGCAACAUUUUGCCUGUUCUUGUUCAGGGAUUCUACUGGGAGGAGCCUCGGAACAAUCUGUUGAGGCUCAUUGGCAUUCACUAGACCUUAAUCACCGAGCUUUUGUGAAGAUAUAGGAUCUGCUUUUCUUUUAAGAAGCUUGCUUUUGGUGCAAGUUCUCCACAUCACAGAACAAAGUUUCUUCUGGACCCGUGAAGUUUUUCCUUCCCCCUUUUUUAAGAAGGAUAAAGUUAAACUUAGUAGAGGAACUGCUCUAUGCCUCCUCAGGAAAUGUUAGAUGUACAUACAAUGUAAUAAGCAUUUUGGUUUAUGAUGUGAAAACUAGAGUUUGAUUUAUAUAGCUGUUUAUUUUGUUGUUU